GUUCAGACGUUCUGGGUGUUUGUUUACGUGUAUAUGUAGGUGAUUUUAGUGUUUCAGCGUUGUGAAGUUGACGAAAUGAAUGCUUAAGUGUGAGGUGUAUUGUAAAACAACGCUAAAUAAUCGACAACAGUUGAUUCGAUCUCGUUUGCUGCAGUUGGUGAUACAGAGUAGUUUAAAUUCGACACAUUCUUAAAACAGUUCUUCAGUGUGAAUUUGUGCAUUCAAACAACUGCAUCAUGGCAAAACUGAAAAUAGUCGGCGGGCGGCCUAUAACGAUGGAUGAAGCGAUCGAACUGCGACAAACGGUAUUUGGAUCGGCAGCCAGUCCUCCACGUGGUGAAUGGACACGUACUGGAUUUACGUUCGGCCCUGCAAACCAGGAAUACCCGUACGGACUGCGUACACCUCGAAAUGCAACGCGAGGCAUGCAGUCCGUCCUGCAGGCACACAUUAUCAAGCAGUUUAUAUUCGACAACAAGCCCCGUGAGAAGUCGGUUCCGCUCGAGGAGCUGCUGAAGCCUACCGAGGCAGAACAAGCCCUGUCCCUGUAUACCGCCAUGUCGGACAUACUGUGGAACAUUGGGGAAAAGACGAAGGCGAUCGUAGCGUUGCCGGGCGAGGCGUCCCACAUACCGCACAGCCACGUCUACUUUCAGGACAAUGUCACGGAGAAGCUGUACUUCUUCGAGUUUACCAAGCUGGACGAUCUGCAGAUUUUUAUGAAGCGGUAUUUGCCCUACUUUACAGAAAAUCCGGGCCCGGGAACAUUGCUCUAUCUGUACAGUGCUGUAUUAACGCGCGGCAUGGAGAACAUGCGCAACGACUUGGAUGCACCGAAGGGCGCACAUCUAAUGGGACCCCACGAGGAAGGUUCACUCAACGUCAUUACCCUGCUGCUAACAGGUCGUGCGACACCGUACCUGCACAACGGUGUCGUGUACGUCGGGGACGAAGAUCACUACGCCGUACCACAAUUCGGAAUUCUUAGCCGUGGUGCAAUCGGUCUACUGGUUUGGGAAGGAGAAAAUGAAGCGAUGCGCUCAGCAUCACGUAUGCCCGGUUCACGGCUUAAAACUCCGGCCACACCCGUAUGGGUUAGCUGCUGCUGUGGACAUUACGGCGUACUGUUCAACUCCAACCGAGAACUGCUGCGUAACUAUCACGCCGAAAAGCGAUUCGAGCUGCAUUACUACACUUGCGCCGGUUGUUACCUUUCGAUGACCGUCGAUAACCGCGGACAGGACGAGGGCGGCGGCGAUACCGGUGACCAGGACGGUGACCGGAAACGGGACGAUAUGGUGUCUACGCCGCUGGAAAGACUUAUACACACGAAAUGGAUGGACGCCAAGAUCACGUAUCAUGGCGCAUUGCCCGCCUCGUUGAACUUCUAAAAGAUAGUAUGGUUAUUUUGUGUGAUGUUUCACCUAUUAGAACGCAAUAACGACGAUUGUGAGCAGUGUUUCCGCCUUUCGAUUAUCCCCGCACGCACGUACUGGUUGAGGGUGUGCUUUCCAUGCAGCGGAAAUAAUCGCUCUGUUUUCUUUUAUUUCAGUAUUUAAUUUCUCUCCGAACGGCUGCAACGGCUGAUUCUGUUGGAUUGGAUCACACUGGAAGGAAACUGGUCGCUUGCAAAACCUAAACUAAACGUUACAAUUAUACCGCAAACCAACCAACCCGCCCUUAAACAGACGCACGUUCUGCUUGCUUUUUCCGAAUAAAUAGGGAAUAAAUUGUUC